GUUAAUGGGAGGAGGAAAUCAGGGCGGUCUGUCAGUACCAUGACGCAUGGCUCAGACGCACAGUGAAUGGGAGUUUACCUUAAACCCAAAACUUGCAAGAGGAAGGGCCUGUCCUACCUACUGUCCCUCCAGCGGACCUACUGUCCCUCCAGAGGUUCCACACCAUCAUGUCUGCGAGAGGAGGCUGAAACCAAGAACCAAUGUUCUCACACAGCAAACUGGAUCCUAAUCUACUUUUCGAUGUGGGUUAUCUGUGUGGCCGAUGGGUGUGGAGGAAGAGUCGGUGCUCUUAACUGGCUCGAGCUGCCUCAGGAUCUGGGAUUUUGAGUAGAGCGAACUACUGAAAUUUGUAAUUUGAUUACAAAAACGCCUCUUCUGUGAUCUUUGGAAUUUGUGUUGGCUCAAUAACAAAGUCUGCGCCCGGGUGAACUGAUAAGGCAGGGAAAAAUCAAUUUAAACCCUUUCGAACACCGCAAUCUUCUCACUAUGGAUGUAGAGACCGAGAUUGUGGAAGAGAAAGACUGGACGGAACUCGAGCCCAACUAUCCUGUCAAAGUCUUCCUCACUUUCCUCUACAGCUUCAUCCUGGUGACGGGCAUUGUGGGAAAUGGAGUCACCAUCUGGGUGACACAGGUGCUACAGAGAAACGGCUACCUGCAGAAGAACGUGACUGACCACAUGGUGAGCCUGGCCUGCUCCGACCUGCUGGUCCUCAUCAUCGGCAUGCCUGUGGAGCUCUACAGCGCCAUCUGGUUCCCCUUCAGCUCCGCCUCGGGGGACGCUUCCUGUAAAAUCUACAACUUCCUGUUCGAGGCCUGCAGCUACGCCACCAUCUUGAACGUGGCCACGCUGAGCUUUGAGCGCUACGUGGCCGUGUGCCACCCCUUCCGCUUCAAGGCCCUGACCGGCCGGAGGACGCAGUACCUCAUCGCCUUCGCCUGGGUCACCUCCGUGCUCGUCGCCCUGCCGCUGCUGAUCGCCACGGGAACGGAAGGCCACAUCCCCUCGCAGGCCAGGAUGCCGGUCCAGAACCUGACAUUCUGCACCAACCUGAGGGAGCAGUGGGUGAUGUACAGGGGCAGCAUCUUCGCCGCAUUCCUGGUGUACGUGGUGGUGCUGGUGGGAGUCGGGGUCAUGUGCAGGGCCAUGAUCCUGGUGCUCCGGAGGCCCCUGAACACGUCAGGGGCCUCCGGAGAGGAGAGCUCGUCCAAGCAGGAGAGCACCAGGGUCAAGACGGCUCGAAAGCAGACCAUCCUGUUUCUAGGUUUGAUCGUGGCGGCCCUGACCGUAUCCUGGUUGCCCAACCAGGUGCGUCGCCUCAUGGCGGCUGCGUAUCCCAAGUCCCAAUGGACGCUGGCCUACUUCCGCAGCUACGUGACUCUGCACCCCGUGGCGGACACAUUUUUCUACCUCAGCUCCGUCCUCAACCCCUUCCUCUACAACUUGUCAUCCCGCCAGUUCCGAGAUGUAUUCCUCCAGGUGCUGCGCUGCCGCGUCACCAUCGAGCACGUCAACAAACGCACAGUGCGGGCCCAGGAGACGCUCUCGGGCCGCUCUCGGCGCCCCCUGAUGUCUUUGCGGCGCAGCGCGGCCAGGCGCUCCGCACAGAGCCGGGAGCAGCUCAAGGCUCAAACGCCGACCAAGGUCCUCGCUCCGACAGACUCGAGCACCAACGAAACGGAGGAGUCUCUGUGCGUGACAGACGUGUCGUCUUCUUAUUCUACACGGAUAGACAACGUGACCUCGGAGACUGACAUUUAACAGGCAGUGCUUAACAUUUAUUGAAAUGCAAGACAGGCUUUUUGGCUCCAUUUGGGAAGAUGUUUUUCUAAAUCCUAGCCUACAUAUUUGCUGCAAAAGGACUAUUCUGCACAUUGAAACAAACAUAGAUAAUCGUCCUUUUGUAAACAUACAUUCCACACUUUGGUGGAGAGCAAAUAAAUAUGCCUUAGUAAGUUCCACAGGGCAUUCAUUCAACACAUUUCAUGGCUGUAUGAGUUUAUUCCUUAUUCCAAGUUUAGACAUGAGAACUUCAGUGAGUGAAAAUAUGCAGAUGGAUAAAGACAUGGGUCAACCGACAGUACAAGUUUUGACAACAACGUCAUUCCAAUGCGGAAGUUCAGAUUUCAACGGGCCAGUGGGAGACGCUGCAGAAUCAAUGGAAUAUAUCCAUGGCAACAGAACUGCAGUUAGCUUGCAAACUAAUUGUAGCCAACUCAUCUCUCCAUUAAACAAACACAAAUGUAAACAAUAAAAAAACAAGCUAGCACUUACUUUGUCAUUGAAAUACCUUUAAUCCACUGAAAUUAUACAUCAUGAUAACCAAAGUUAUUCUACAUAACCUUAACCAAAGUAAUCAAUUAGAUAUGACCAAACCUUACUAAGCCAAGAUUUCAGUUGUGACCAAACUGUUGAUGACAGUGUUAUGUCUGAAAAAAGCAUUAGUAACCAAAACACUGCAGAAUAAAAGGUACAGUCAUUAAUCCUGUCAAAUGUACAUCAAUAUUUACAGACUUCUCUGAGUGUGCCCAUUACAGUCAUAUUUGCUGUCUCUUUCAUUGAAUACAUAUCUGUGAAAAGAAGUCACAUUAUUCCCCAUGUCACAAAAAGUAGACACAUGGAUUGUCUGUAAAAUACACUAUCUUAAAUGAUUAUCUUUCAUUUUGGCAAAACACUUCACAAAUACAUGAACUAAAUAUGUCAACUGGUGAUUUUUGUUUUUCAGUAAACUUGACUCAAUUCCCCAUCGCAAAAACUUGGUGUGUUCUCUUACUACAGUAGCCUAGUAGCCUGGCUGCAUUUUUCUUCCACUAGUAUGACCUAUGUAACAGUAUUCAUGAUUUGUGAACCCUUACUGGGACUCACUUUUGAACAUCACAUAAUGGUAUUAAAACGUAUAAAUGAC